GAGUCACGAAGUGACGUAGUCAUUCUUAGCAACCGACAUGGCGACGGUGAAGCUUUGCAAUCCUCCGCCAACUGCCUUAAGAAGCUAGCUUCACAUUGUCAUUAUUCAUUUGCUCACCUCGAUAAAAUGUCAACAAUAAACGGUGUUCUACUUUCUAGAUGCAUUGAGGCUUGGCCGUUGCGGUUUGGGAAUAGUUCUGGCGAAAAUGGGAUACGCUGAGGAUAGCAUUGACAUGGAGUCGAGAAGAAGGAGUGUAUUAUGUGGUCCCGGGUCCAGCCUUAACAUUAGAAGUCAGGCAUUGAAAAGCAGCCCAUUUAGUCCUCACUCCUCCAGCAGGUGGGCCCAAGCUCUGAUUACAGAUCACAUGAUGUCUCACUACAAAAGGAUUUAUUCAGCACAAUCUCUUAUUGACACCUCAGCACCCAAAAGCCUUAAGCAGAGUGUGAAGUACAGCGACCGGAUGAGACAGGAGCGUCUGAAGAAAGAAGGCCGUCCCCAGUCAGCACAUUCGCUCUCGCACAGGAACAGCAGAGCCUCAUGUUACUCAGCACACAGUCGAUGUUCUAUGCAGUCUGAAUACAGGCCCUAUCUGUGCUCAAGAAACUCCAUGCGCUCCACCCCUGGAUUUAGCAGCUCCUUUCACACAAAGGAGGUCCCCUCUCCAACUAAAGCUACCCCAAAGAAUCAUCAUCAUCAUCAUCAUCAUCAUCAUCGCCCUCAUUCCGCCGCAGAACUCAAGUUCCGAAGCCAGGAGCCGACAUCCCACGGGCGGCCAGCGGCUAGUUACCUGUACGCCUCGAGUGAACCGAACUUCCUCAAGGCAUUUCGUGAUCCUGUGCAGAAGACGUACAGCGGCGACUUGCUGGAGAAACAUUCGCAGCGCUUCACCCAAGAUAAGCCUUUCACGCCAAAGAUGCUAAAGUCGGAAAAGAGCUCAUACCUGUCAAGUUAUCGCUACUAUCGAGCACCGGGGGGCGCCCAUCCGGUUCAGGAUAGCGACGACUUGAAAUUGGAGAAACGAGCCACAACUGUGCAGCACACACUGGAGUUGGAUGAGCCACCUCAGGAACUCAAGAAAGAGCAGCAGUUGGCUGAGGGCGACCACACCGGCACAUAUUCAAUAAUGCCUAAACAACAAACAAACAAAAACCAAGACUAUGAUCCCUUCGACUAUUCCACCAGGUUCUCCUUCGAGGGGGGAAACAUGUCUCCAAGUGCAGAGGAUGAAGAAUUAAUGUAUCUUGAAUUUAUUAACGAUGUAACAGAAGACAUCUUGUCCAGGGGAUCAGUCUCUGACAGGGUCCUCAACCGGGUGAUACAGCGGCAUAUUGAUAUGAAUCUGCAACGUCUGGAUGAAGCUAAAAUGCGCCACCUUCUGGACAUCCUGCGCAACAACCUGGACGAGCCUUCCGCUCCGUCCUCUUACAACGAAGAGCUUGGGAAAAAAGACCUGCUCGAGUCCCUUCUUGUGAUGCCCGAAUCGGCCCUGGAGCGGGUGAAACCCGAAGUAGACAACAACUUCUUUGGUCACGUGAGCAAAGGCAACAAUUCUCCUGAGCACUCCCCGGAGCCCGUGUUGAGCUCCACGCCGCUUUGGUCUCCUGAACAAAGUUCUCUUCUGACACCGAACGAAAAGACGGAAGAGGGCACAAGCGAGUAUGUUAGUAGUAAUGAAGAAAAGGAUGAAGACUACCAAGCGGUCGUGACGGACGAUGAUGCCAAACAGGAGGAGCUCCUUCAGGUCCAAGCUGAGUCAGCCGCUCAAGGAAAAUCCAAAGAGCUUCAAGACUUGGAAAGAAGGUUUUCGGAGUCGCUGCGUGUCGAUAAAGACCCUAAAGGUGACAACUUGGACUCUUCCAGUGAGCACCAAAUAAAUACACUGGCUUCAGUUAGCGAUGACGACUUUUGAAUGUUGGACAGACUGAACUUUAAAGCCUCUUCAAGACCGAGAUGCUUCAACUUUGCUGCAUUAGAGCCAUUUUCUUUUCACACAGAACCCAGAAAAGGGCGGGAUUUUGUGGCAACUGUGAUCUAACACAGCAAUCCAGAUAUCAUACAAUUAGAUGUUGUCUAAUGGUUGCAAUGAAAUCCACCUGACAUUUUCAACAGAGCUUAUCCCGUUCACAGUCACGGGAGCUGCAGCCUAUCCCAGCUGACUUUGGAUGAAAGACAAACUACCCUGCAGUGGUCGCCAGUCAGUCACAGGGCACAUGCAGACACAGGCGACCAUUUGUACUCACAUUCACAUCGCCACUGAGAGGGAAAUGAACCCAUGCUGCUUGGGCCGAAGUCAGGCGGGUGUACCACGACAGCAAUUUUUCAUCAAUUUUUCAUCUUUGAACGUGGUAACGGAGCAGUAACAGAGACGGGACGACACCUAUGUGUCAGGUAAUGCCAGAAAGAUGGGCCAGGCUGGUAAGUUUUAACACCCAAGACACACAAACAAAAAAAGAACCAAAUACUGAAUAUGCCCUGUUCAUUAAUAAUUAAUAUCACUGGCCAACAACUGUUUCUAUUUUUUUUUUUUUAAUCAGAGAUGAAAGUAAACUAGAUUUAUCUCUAGCACCUCAUGUUUUCAUCAUAAUCAUAUGAAAUAUAGGAAUAUAUUUGGUAACAUGAAUUCAGGGUUAGGUUCAGAAACAGAUUUUUUUUUUUCCUGAAAUGUCAAAGGUAUAAAUAACAACACAUGGUGACAUGCAUAGUGUGCACGCUUUACUGUAUAGAUGAUGCUUCAAAACAACAUCAAAAGAAAAUAUCUAAAAAAAACCUGAGUUGCUAAGGAAAAAAAGGAAAGUUUUAUUUAAGCGUCAAAAAUACGUUUACUGUCGGGACACAUAAAACCAUCUGUGAUUAAAAUGUGCUGUGUAUUUUUAUUUUGGCAUGAUCUGUUCAGCUGAGGAUGUAAGCUAUUUUUGCAGAGGCGCCCAGAAUCUCGAGGAGAGUGUUAGUUUAAGGGGAAAAAAAAGAAAGUAAAAAAAAAAAGACAUAUUUUGGGAAGGUAACAAUAUGAGAGGCCGAGUCUUGUGUAAUCCGCUGAUGCUGUGAUUUACGCGUUAUCUGUUAACGUGUGUUGUUCAAGAGAUAUAGUUUGCUAUAUUUUACACAGGCUGUUUUUUUAAGUGUUUUAUGUGACGUGAAAUGAGUUGUGUUGUAAGAAUCUGCUGCUGAGUUUGUUUUUUCGAGAGAUUCAGUGAGUCCCCACAGUGUCUUUUUCAAUUUGCAAUAAAUAUUUCGACAG